AUGGCAAUGCAACAUGCACAACUGCCCAACAUAGCAGGCGCUACGCCGCCGCACCAUCACCAUCAUCCCCUUCAGCAGCAGCAACAGCAGGCACAGCCACAAAAACAGCAGCCAACACAACCGAAAUCGCCGCAUAAACACCGUUUGGCCCAGCAAUCAGCACAAAUGCAAACAAAAUCCGCAGUAACUGUGCCGACGGCUGCAACAGCUGGUCACUAUCUACAACAACACGUGCAUCAGUAUCAGCCUACAGGCGCGGCGUAUGCGUCGGAUUACAGCAAUGAGAUUAGCGGUAGUGUGCGCAUGGGACCCGACGGCGAGGACAACAGCGGUGCUGAUGGCAGCAAGGAUCGUCAACAGCAUUUGUAUGCUGGGCAACAUAUGCAUCAGCAACAGCAGCAGCAGCAGCAGCAUCACCAUCAGCAACAACAACAGCGUGCGGCGGCGUUGCAAAAACGGCAUUCGGUGAUAUUGGAAAGAGCAUUCGAUUUUGAUGCUAGCUGUGAGGAAAGUGAUACCAUAAGCAGCACAUCCUCUACACCCACACCGGCUGAAUUGCCUACGUUGCCGCCGCAGCCACCGCCAAGCACCACGACCACUGUGCUAAAGCCAAUCCUAAAGAAACCAUCAACAGCUGCGCCACAAUAUCAACAAAUGCACACACAACAGCAACAGCAGCAACAACAGCAACAUCUGCAGCAUCAUCCAAGCCAGCAUCAACAGCAAAUGCAACUAAAUACAUUAAAGUCCACUGGGCCAAUACCGGCGAACAGCGCCACCGCCCAAACAAACGUCUGUUGCAAAGACCAAAUGCUGCCACAUCGCGCGCUCCCGCAGCCACCGAAAGGACGAGGCUUCGGCGCAUACCACACCAAAGAGGCCGUACUGCAGCGUGUGCAACAACAGAGCGGCCUACUUUCCGGCAGUCGCACAAAUCUCAACACGCUAAGUGGCAUGUUAGGAUCAGCGAUAAAUCUCGCCGGCAUCGGAGGCGGCCUCUGUGCGAACGCUAACUCGAGCAUUGGCAAUAAUGCGGCGACGGCGGCUGGUGCGCCCAUCGAGAUGGCGUGCGGAGGUGUUGUGGGCGAUUGUGUUGGCAACAAUAUGGGCGGUGAGUUGCGCUACAGCAACAGUAAUUACAACUUUGAUGCGACGACAGUCAAGCCAGCAGGCCCGGCUGACGUGGGCGCCGAGCUUCAAAUGACAUUGGUGGGGGGUACGCCAGCUUGUUGUGCGGCGGCCAAUACGGCGGCGCCGCCCACCACCAUCGCCAACACCAACACGGGCAACACUGCCGCUAAUGUAACCAAUAACUUGUUGUACAUGGACCUGCAUACGGCACAUCCGGCACACCCGAAAAGUUCGACGUCAGUAAAUAAAUUCAGCGAUCUAUUAAAUGCUGCCAGCGCCAGUUUUGUCAACGCCGUCGCAGCGCCGGCUAUUAGCGCAAACGCCAACAACAGCAACAGCAAUCAUAACGGUGCCAUAGCUGCUGCGGUCGCAUUGGGCAACACUGGACGCAGUAGUGCCAGCGCAAACGAGUAUUUAAAACAGGAUAUCAUUUACAUGGACUCUUUCAAUUAA